AUGGCGAAAAUACCCAUCCUCAGUUUAAAAUUCACACCGACAUCCCCCGAUACUGGGUUUCUGGGGGACAGCCUAGACAUCGGUGACGAGUUUAGUUACGAGCAGAUAAUGUCUGGCUGGAGCUUUAUACCGCUGGGCGACGACCAAAAUUACAAUCAUCAAUAUCCGGGAGUAGGAAGGGCCAUGAAUCUUAGCACUCCCACGCUAACGGAUAUCGCGCAUCUUUCCUUUGAGCAAUUCAGGUCAGGGAAUUGGAGCUUCAAUCGGCGGCAAGGGACUCAGUAUCCACGCCAGUCAGUCUCCCCAGAGGAGGCGCGCGAGUACAAAUUACGCCCAUUAUCGUUCCAGUCACAGCCGGAGCGGGCAAGCGCUCUCACAAGAGCAUUUUCCGCAGUCAGUAGAAUCUCAUGGGGGUUUCCGGGGGACUAUGGACCGCCACGGACAAUUGAGGAUUUGGAAAAAGUGUUGGAUACAGACUACGAAGUGAAAUGGGAUGGGCCGGAUGAUCCGAAGAAUCCAGUGAAUUGGAGCCUUCCACGGAAGAUUGGCAUCUUGUUCUUGAUCUCAAUGCAAUAUCUCAUGGUUGUAUUCUAUUCGACAUCCUACGUCUCUGGAACCCGUGGAAUGAUGAAAGAAUUUGAUAUCCCACAUAAAACCAGCGUGUCACUCGGUUUGACAACAUACCAGUUUGGGCUUGCCUUAGGCCCACUGCUGUUGGCCCCCAUGAGCGAGCUUUUUGGGCGAAGGCCUGUUUACCAGGUCUCCAUGAGUUUAUUCUGCAUAUUCAUUCUACCGGCUUGUUUUGCAAAAAACUUGGAAACAAUUCUCGUCUCCCGGUUUUUCGCUGCGCUCGUCGGAUCCGUAUCUCUUUCCAACUCCCCCGGCUCACUGGGUGAUCUUUUCAGCGAGAAGAGCAAAGCGCUCGCGUUCAGCAUAUUCAUGAUUGCUCCACUCGAGGGUCCCGUCAUCGGACCUCUACUCGGCGGUUUCAUAUACGAGGGCCUUGGGUGGAAAUACAUGAAUUAUCUCACGCUCAUCUUUUCAACUGCCCUCCUAAUUGCUGGGUACUUUGUCCCCGAGACUUAUGGCCCAGUUCUGAUGCGCAGGAAAGCGGCCAUGCUACGGAAGAGAAAGAAAGACGAGAAUUACAUGUCAAGGUAUUGCUACAAGGUUGGGGAAGGGGAUAUGUUAACCCUUGUGAAGUUGAACAUGAAGAGGCCGUUAUCGAUGCUCUUUACUGAGCCGAUUUGCGUGUUUUGGGCUUUGUAUAUUGGUGUUCAGUAUGGGAUUCUCUACCUCAAUUUUACGGCAUAUCCAAUUGUCUUCCAAGAUAUCCGGGGGUGGGCUCCCGGUAUCGCUGGAUUGUCAUUUCUAGGUCUGGGCUUGGGCAUAAUAAUUGCGGUCUGCAUGGACCCUCUCAACAAUAAACUAGUCUCCCUCCACAAACCCGACCCGGAAACCUCCCUGCCAAUACCCGAAUCCAAAAUCCUCAUUGUUUGUCUAGCUGGCAUCCUCUCUCCCAUUAGCCUCUUAAUGUUUGCCUGGACCUGUUCCCCGACCUCGAUCCAUCCGAUCUGGCCAAUCCUUAGCGGUGUCCCCUUCGGCAUAUCGAACACAUUGAUCUUUAUGCACGGGAACGCAUACCUCCUCUCCUCGUACGACCUCUACGCGGCAAGUUGUCUUGCUGGCUGCACCGUAUUCCGCAGUGUACUCUGCGGGCUCCUACCGCUCGUGGGACCGAAGCUCUAUCAGGAUUUGGGUGCCAAUAUGGCGAUGAGUGUGGUGGGUAUUCUGGCGGCGGUUUUGGCGCCGAUCCCUUGGGGGUUCUAUAAAUGGGGGAAAUGGUUUCGUGCGAGGUCGCCGAUGCUGAUAAACAUUCAGGCGGAGAAGGAGCACAGAGAGAGGCAAUUUGCCGUGGAUGGUUAG